ACGAGGUACGGUUGAAUCACAGAUCUAUCUAUCAAGAAGAAUAUCAUGCCUAGGAAUAUGGUCGAUCCUCAUGUUGUAAGGAGUGUGAUAGACGAUGUUUUGAACCCUUUUACAAACUCUGUAUCUUUGAGUGUUGUCAUCAAUAACAAAGAAAUUAGCAAUGGCUGUCUUUUGAAACCCUCUCAGUUGGUUAACCGUCCAAGGGUUAGUGUUGGUGGUGAAGAUCUAAGGACUUUCUACACAUUGGCUAUGGUGGACGCAGAUGCACCUAGCCCUAGUAACGCUUUUUUGAGGGAAUACUUGCAUUGGAUGGUGACUGAUAUUCCAGCCACAACAAGCGCAAGCUUUGGGAAAGAGGCAGUGUUUUAUGAGAGCCCAAAACCUUCGGCAGGGAUUCAUCGAUUUGUGAUUGUGUUAUUCAAACAACUGGGCAGAGACACAGUUUUUGCUCCAGAGUGGCGUCAUAAUUUCAACACUAGAAACUUUGCUGAAAUUAACAAUCUUGUGAUUGUUGGAUCAGUUUAUUUCAACUGUCAAAGAGAGCGCGGCUGCGGUGGAAGGAGAUGCUAAAAGAAACCAAGUGGGCGGGGGUUAGUUCAUUGCAUGCAACCUAACAAAAAAAACUAUGUGAAUUCUAGAUGUGAGGGGUUCACAUUUAGUAUUCUAGUCUAGAUGUUAUCCUCUCUAAAGCCUUUA